AAACUUCGAAAAAUUUAUCUGUCAUUCACAGUGGCGCCGGCCGGUGGUGGCCGGCAUGUGUUCGUGUUUUCUAGACUCCAUUGCCGAUACAAAAUAAUAAAAAAUAGCGGGUGCAGGAACACUCCAUGAAAAUGGAACGAGGUGGCAGAAACGUUCAGUAUAUCAUUGUAGCAGCUGUGUCACUUGCCACUGUAACGAUGGGGGUGAAUUCAGCGUGGCCGACACCUGUUUUUGACAAGUUCCACAACAAUGAGACUUACAUUCGUGUAAAUGAGUCUCAAAUGUCUUGGAUGCUCGCCCUAUCUGCUCUUGGGUUUAUAGUGGGUAGCUUGAUGACAGGGUUCAUCUGCGAACGGUUCGGAAGAAAAAGUUGUGUGCUGUUCAGUGCCUUACCUAUGUCUACGGGAACGGUGAUCAUGGCUUUCGCCGUAAAUGUAUGGUUACUCUACAUAACGCGAUUUUUAUGGGGCUUCGGAACAGGAAUGAUUAGUACUUUAUAGGUAAGAUUCCCCUUAAUAAGAUUGUGGAUUGCGGAAGUCGGGCGAAAGUAGCUUCGUGUAAAAACCUGACUUACUCAAUACAGGAUUGCAGCCAUAGGCGUACCUCGUGUUCCUCUUCAGAGAGGUGAGGACGCAACCCGGUCUUACGACAAUAAGAUGGAGAUAAGUUAAUGUAAGAACUAAUGUACGCCAUACAAGCCUGGCUUAGCCCGCACGUCGAUGGUACCAGAGUAGAGUGUUUUUUCACGAAAGAUGACCGUACUCAUUUCAAAUCUGUAGAUGAUGACCGUACUCAUU